GGUUGAUCGGUUCGUCAUGUCAUUACAGAAUUUGUUUGUUGUUGUUUUAUAAUUUAUUGUAUACGUUUUAUCACAAAAUUUAUAAAUUUCUAAAAAAUCGUAUUAUCUCUUUUAAAAUUGCUAACUUAACUAAAACAUUUUGCUGUCAGUAAAAUAAAAUAAAACUGUGAGUUAUCCCAGUCUAUAAACAUUUACUUUUUAUAACAUAUAGAGGAAAGUAUUAUCAAUAAUCUACACAUUGCAAAUUUAUCAAAAUGUCGGCGUUAUUAACUGCGGAUUGGUUCCAAUUGGACUCAUACUACAGAAAGUUUGACUUAUAUACUAUGACCUGGAACAUGGAAGAGGGAUUAGACAAUAUGAUUGUUAGCGGAGCCCCAUAUGGAGGUCCAAUAGCCAUGGUCAGAGAUAGAAAACAAUUUGUAAGAAUAAUGACAACAAGUAAACCUGUCAUAACUAUUUACAAUUGUUUUGGGAAUUUGAUAUCUAAUAAUAAAAUAUUGUGGAAUAGUGGUGUUUUGGUGCAUAUGGGCUGGUCUGACAGCGAGCAGCUUCUCUGCAUACAAGAGAGUGGAGACGUCCUCAUUUAUGACAUGUUUGGUGCUUAUCAGAAAACUUUUAAUAUGGGCCAGGAAGUUAGAGAUACUAAAGUGUGCAAAGCUCAGUUGUUUCCAAAUCCUACUGGUGUUGGUCUUGCAGUUAUGACAACAACCAACCGUAUGUUCCUUAUCAGUAAUGUCUCUGAGCCUAAGGUCCGGUCUGCCCCCGAUUUACCUAGAGCCAACGAGCCUAUAUCUUGUUGGUGCGUUCUCAAUUCCUUUGUGCGCACGUCGCCCGUCGUUGGAUUUUUGGUGUGCCGUGACAAAGAAAUAUACAAGUGUCAACUUGGUGAGCCAAGGGCUGUUCUAUUGCGUCCAGAUAUAAAGAACCCGUACACUCAAAUCCUAUCAAUAGUACCAUCACAGAACGGCAGGCAUGUUGCACUCUUCACAGAUUCUGGCUACAUGUGGAUCGGCUCAUCAGAUCUGAAGACCAAAUAUUGUGAGAUUGAUACUGGACAUAUUAAGCAACCAAAAGAAUUGGUCUGGUGUGGUUCUCAGGCCAUCGUGGGUCAUUGGGACGACAUUUUGUGUAUUUAUGGUUUCAAUGGCAAAUCUGUAUCUUACCCAUAUGACGGACCGUUUCAUAUUAUACAGGAAAUGGAUUGUGUCAGAGUGCUAUCAGAGUACAGUCAUGAGUUAAUUCAAAAAGUACCUGUCGAAGUGGAGAAAAUAUUUAGGAUAAACAGUACUGCGCCUGGAUCGUAUCUAGUGGAAGCUUCUAAACAAUUUCAAAAACGUAGUCACCGUGCUGAUGAGUACAUUAGACUGGUCAAACCGGAUUUGCCGAAUGCAGUUCAGAACUGUAUAGAUGCUGCAGCAUUUGAAUUCAAUCCUGAUGUACAGAAGAUGCUGAUCCGUGCCGCACAGUUCGGCAAGGGAUUCAUUACGGAUCCGGUAUUGACGGAUCAUUACGUGAAUACAUGCCGGUGGCUGAGGGUGCUCAAUGCAGUAAGGGAUCCGAAAGUUGCUAUACCACUAACGUUUCGACAAGUGGAAAAUUUGGGUGAACGUGUAUUACUAGACCGUUUGAUAUGGCGACGUCUUCACUGUUUAGCGGGUCACAUCGCCACAUAUCUGCAACUUAAGGACGGAAGGACCAGAGUGCUGUCUCACUGGGCCUGUUAUAAGGUUACACAAUUACAUUUGGAUAACGAAAGUGCAGCCCGAGAGAUAGGAGAAAAACUCCGGAAUGUACCCGGCAUCUCGUAUUCGACGAUCGCUAUGAAAGCUCACGAGAAAGGUCGAAAAGCGCUUGCUAUAAAGAUCUUGGAGUAUGAGACGCGCAGUAAGCUACAAGUACCACUGCUGUUGGCCCUGGGCGAGGGUAGCGCGGCACUCCUACGUGCGGCACAUAGUGGAGACACUGACUUAUUGCAUGUAGUGUUAUUGCAUCUCAAGGCGAACAUGGCGAAACACGAGUUUGAGCUGACCAUACGUAGCUUCCCGCUCGCGCACGCUUUAUAUCUAAAGUACUGCGCGAGUCAUAACAGAGAAGCGCUCCGGAAGAUAUACGUGCAGGAAGACGACUUCCCGGGUCAGGCCUCUACCCACAUACGUGACGCGUUAGAACACACAACUCCGGGUAGCGCUGAGGCAUCACUUAUAUCCGCCAGGGAGUGUUACAAGAAGGGCAAGAACGACUUAGGUGCGUCGAUAUGUGAAGACGCUCGUAAACUUUACAAGCAGCAGUCCAGUCUACAGGAGACUUACGGCGAGAGUUUCGUUGGCCUCUCACUGCACGAUACCGUGCGAAAGCUAUUGUUACAAGGGGAACUCAAGUUGGCAGAGAAACUGCGUGCCGAAUACAAAGUACCCGAUAGAAGAUUCUGGUGGCUCCGCAUACUGACGCUAGCGGAGAAGAACGAGUGGACGGAACUGGACAAGUUCAGUAAAUCCAAGAAGUCCCCCGUUGGUUAUGAACCAUUCGUUGACGCUUGUCUGAUGAGACAUAAACCAGAAGAAGCACAGCGAUACUUACCACGUUGUCAGGAACAUGUCAAAGUCAAGUACUACGUCAAGGCUGGAUUUUACGAAGAAGCCGCUCAAGUAGCUUUCGAGCAAAAGGACGAGAACGCACUGCUUUUUGUACAGAAUAAGUGUCCAUUACGCGAGUCCGGUAAACAUGAGAAAAUAUCGGCUCUACUCGAACAACUUGCCAACAAGAAAUGAGCGGUAUUGACAACGCUAUAAGACUUAUUUUUCGUAAAUAACAAGAAAAACUGUAUGUAAACUCCUUAUUAUAACCGCUCUAUUGCACAUCAUAUAUCAUAAAAGUAGUUAAUAAGCUAGAACAAAAUAUAUUUAAAAACAAGUAGGUAUAUUAAGACAUUAAUAUCGAUUUGUAUAUUUGAAAGUUUUCAUAUUAAAUAAAACUAUGUAUAUCUCAAUAAAAACCAAAUAUUAAUAAGUUAUCGUGUGUUAUAUUUAAAUUAUAAAUAAAAAACAGUAACUGCUA